CGAAUGGUUUGUGGAGAUCCGACAAAAUCAAAUAUAAGUAUAAAUAUACUUGUCACACGAUAACACCACUUUUCCCGAAAAGGGGAACCGCUUUACCCCAGACUUGUAUAUAAGCGGCAGUAGUCUCCACUUAUCACCCACUACCAUUACCCACCACUCGCGAUCUGCCACUGAACCAUUUUUCUCUUUCAUAAACCUCUUGUCUUUUCCUCUAUAUCUCUUCUGAUUUCACUAUGACUCGAACGGAACGCUCUGCCUUCCCUCGCGCCGUCAUGAGGGAUCGCUCUCUUUCCAAGUCUGGACUCGAGAAAUCCUUGCGCAAGGAAGGUGGCGGGGCCCACAACUGGGGUCGUCUUGAAGACGAAUGGGAGCACCAGACUAUGGAAGACGACGUACGUGAAGAUGACGAAAGAUUCAGUACAUCCGGCGAUGCUGCGGACAAGGUAGCUCCAAUGAUCCCAAGCCCAUCUAUGACGGAGGAAGAGCUUGAAGCUGCGAAGCAAUUCAGAAAGCAUGCUUUCAAGAAGGGUCAAAUUGACCUUGCUAGCAUCGCUCGUACUUCCAAUGCUGUCUCCUCUUCUCCCCCUAAAGCCACCAUUGCGUCUGACACCAGCUCCAACGCCAGUGCCUAAGCAAAUUAAAUUAUACGUAACAAAUAAUCGCACAAUCUGUAGUUGUAGGCCUCCCAUAUAUACUUACACAUUAUUGACCCGGGUAGUUCCAGAGUAGGAAGAAAUCAAUGAAUUUGUACACUAGUUGUUUAGUUGCGCAACCUGUUUUAGGGAUUAACAGGUAGCAGUUCUACACUCACA